AUGACAACAACAAAAUGUCCAUUUUUAAAUAAAUUUUCCCUUUCAUUUUUGAAUCAUUAUUCAAAUGUUUUAUUGAAUAAUUUUUUAAAUAAAUGUCCACAUAUGAAUAAAGUACGAUUAUUAUCAUCGGAUUUUCCGAUUGAACCACGUUUUGUACAACAACAGCAGCAGCAACAACAACAACAACAACAAAUCACCAUUAAUAAUAAUAAUUCGACAACAACAACUGCUGGUUAUGAACAACAACAACAACAUUCGAAACCAAAAAAUCAUCCAAUGGAAGGUGAUGUAUCACAAUGUCCAUUUUUCGACAUUUUUAAACCAACAUUACAGAAAGCAAGUGAUAAUGUUGUACAAGAUAUUUGUGAAGUGAAAAAUAUGGCCAAUGUUCAAAAUGAAUUCCAUUAUGAACGUUUUUUUAUUGAUCAAAUUAUGAAAAAGAAAAAAGAUCAUAGUUAUCGUGUGUUUAAAAAAGUGGCACGUGAUGCAAAAAAUUUUCCAUAUGCUAAUGAAUUUAGUAAUGUUAAUGAUGAUGAUCAUCAUCAUCACCAACGUAAUGAUGAAAAUAAUAAACGAAUACAAGUUUGGUGUAGUAAUGAUUAUAUGGGUAUUACUACACAUCCGGAUGUUAAACAAGCUAUUAUUGAUGCUGUUGAAAAAUAUGGUUCCGGCAGUGGUGGCACUAGAAACAUAUCCGGUAAUACACCAUGUCAUUAUGAAUUGGAAGAAGAAUUGGCACGGCUGCAUGAAAAAGAAUCGGCUUUAAUUUUCACUUCUUGUUUUGUUGCUAAUGAUUCUACAUUGUAUACGUUGGGAAAAUUAUUACCAGGUUGUCAUAUAUUUUCCGAUGCCGGUAAUCAUGCAUCAAUGAUCCAGGGUAUACGAAAUAGUGGUGCAACCAAACAUAUUUUUCGUAGUUGUGAUCCAGUGCAUUUGGAAGAAUUGCUUAAAAAUGUUGAUUAUUCAUUGCCGAAAAUUGUUGCAUUCGAAACCGUACAUUCAAUGAGCGGUGAUAUAGCACCAGUAGAAGUGCUGUGUGAUGUUGCACAUCGUUAUAAUGCAUUGACAUUUAUUGAUGAAGUACAUGCUGUUGGUUUGUAUGGUGAACAUGGUGCCGGUAUUGGCCAACGUGAUGGUGUUGUCGAUAAAAUGGAUAUAAUUUCCGGUACAUUAGGCAAAGCUUAUGGUAAUGUUGGUGGAUAUAUUGCUGGUAAUAGGAAUUUUGUCGAUAUGAUUCGAUCAUAUGCUGCUGGUUUUAUUUUCACCACUUCAUUACCGCCAACCGUAUUGAAAGGUGCUAUUACGGCAAUUAAAAUUCUCAAAGGUCCAGAAGGACAAAUGCUACGAAAAAUGCAUCAGGAAAAAGUUUCAUAUUUUAAACAAUGUUUAAAAAAAUAUGGUAUACCACAAUUGGAUAGUAAAAGUCAUAUAAUACCGAUACCGAUUGGAAAUCCGUAUCUAAGUAAUUGGAUUUGCAAUGAAUUAAUGUCACAAUAUGGUCAUUAUGUUCAAGCGAUUAAUUAUCCUACCGUAAGGAAAGGUGAAGAACGUCUUCGUAUAGCACCAUCACCGAUACAUUCAUAUGAAAUGAUUGAUCGAUUUAUACAGGAUUUUGUCCAAGUAUAUAAACGUGCCGGUUUAUUUAAUAUUAAACAAAAUUGGACCAGUCCAACUUGUUCUUAUUGUAAUAAACUUUGGAAAAUCGGUCUGGAUAAUGUUCCAUGUGGUAUGGAUAAAAAAUGUCCAUUAUAUGUUUCUUGUUGAAAAAUUAUUAAACAAAACAAAACAAAACAAAAAA